AUGUUUAUACGGCUUAUUCGAUGUCCUAUAUCAUUUUUUGAUACAAAUCCAGUUGGUCGAAUAUUGAAUCGUUUUACAAGCGAUGUUGCUACAAUGGACGAUUCUUUACCAAUGACUGUAUUUGAAUUUCUUGCAUGUUUAUCUCAAAUUUUAGGUACAAUUAUUCUAGUUGGUUUAAUCAAUUUAUGGUCAUUCAUUCCAGCAAUUAUUGCUUCAAGUGGCAUGCUCUUUUUGAGAUAUCGAUUUGCUUCAUGUUCUCGUGAUUUAAAACGACUUGUAGGAACUACACGAAGUCCUGUUUAUUCACAAUUAACAUCAACUAUUCAUGGACUGAAAGUUAUUCGAUCAUAUCAUGCUGAAAAUAUUUCUUCUAAACAAUUUCAUUCACAUCUUGAUAAUAAUACACGAGUUAUCUAUUUGAUGGCAACCUUGAAUAGAUGGUCAGCGAUGCGUUUUCAUUGGAUAUCUCUAAUAUUCAUUCCUUUAGUUAUUACACUUGCUAUAAUUCUUCGUAUGAGUCAACAUCACUUUUCAACUUUAGAAACCGCACUCACAUUUACCUAUAGUAUCAGUUUAAUGGGCCUUUUUCAAUGG